CACUGGCUGGGCUCAGCCGCGGCACCAGCUGCCGCACCGAGAUUACGGGGCUGCCCGCCUGGAAACCGUGCCGGAUUUGUGGCGAUUUUCAUAGCCAAGAGCCAUCACCCCGACCAUGUAGAUGCCAGCUCCAGGGAGCAGCAUGGGCCCCGCUGAAUGGAGACUCCUGGGUCUACAGCCCUGAGCCCCUCCGGCCCCUGGACCUUGCCCCACGCCCGGGGACGCCCCUCAGAGCCCACCGCCACUGUCGCCAGCCCACCUCGGCUGCCCCCUGGAGUCAGCUGCCAGGAGCCACAGCCGUCCAGUGAGGGUGUGCUGAGGACAGCCACACGGAGCCGUCGCCUGGCAGCCUCCUGUCCAGCACUGACCCUCGGACCCACCCCGAGCGGGGACCGCGGCAGACAUGGGUGACAUGACCAACAGUGACUUUUACUCCAAAAACCAAAGAAAUGAGUCGAGCCAUGGGGGUGAGUUUGGGUGCACGAUGGAGGAGCUGCGCUCCCUCAUGGAGCUGCGGGGCACCGAGGCCGUGGUCAAGAUCAAGGAGACCUACGGGGACACUGACACCAUCUGCCGGCGCCUCAAAACCUCACCUGUCGAAGGUUUGCCGGGUACCGCUCCAGACCUGGAAAAGAGAAAGCAGAUUUUUGGGCAAAACUUUAUACCUCCAAAGAAGCCAAAAACCUUCCUGCAGCUCGUUUGGGAGGCACUGCAAGACGUGACGCUCAUCAUCCUGGAGAUCGCGGCCAUCAUCUCCCUGGGGCUAUCCUUCUACCACCCGCCUGGUGAAAACAACGAAGGAUGUGCAACGGCCCAGGCGGGGGCAGAAGAUGAAGGGGAGGCGGAGGCGGGCUGGAUCGAGGGGGCCGCCAUCCUCCUCUCGGUCAUCUGCGUGGUCCUGGUCACGGCCUUCAAUGACUGGAGCAAAGAGAAACAGUUCCGGGGCCUGCAGAGCCGCAUUGAACAGGAGCAGAAGUUCACCGUGGUCCGGGCUGGCCAGGUGGUCCAGAUCCCUGUGGCUGAGAUCGUGGUUGGGGAUAUCGCCCAGGUCAAAUAUGGCGACCUCCUCCCUGCAGAUGGCCUCUUCAUCCAGGGCAAUGACCUCAAGAUCGAUGAAAGCUCCCUGACAGGGGAGUCUGACCAGGUGCGCAAGUCUGUGGACAAGGACCCCAUGCUGCUGUCAGGGACUCAUGUGAUGGAGGGCUCUGGACGGAUGGUGGUGACCGCCGUGGGUGUGAACUCUCAGACCGGCAUCAUCUUUACCCUGCUGGGGGCCGGCGGUGAGGAGGAAGAGAAGAAGGACAAGAAAGCCAAACAGCAGGACGGGGCGGCCGCCAUGGAGAUGCAGCCCCUCAAGAGUGCCGAGGGCGGCGACACUGACGACAAGAAGAAGGCCAGCAUGCACAAGAAGGAGAAGUCGGUGCUGCAGGGCAAGCUCACCAAGCUGGCUGUGCAGAUCGGCAAGGCGGGUCUGGUGAUGUCAGCCAUCACGGUGAUCAUCCUGGUGCUCUACUUCACCGUGGACACCUUCGUGGUCAACCAGAAGCCAUGGCUGCCCGAGUGCACGCCCGUCUAUGUGCAGUACUUCGUCAAGUUCUUCAUCAUUGGUGUGACGGUGCUGGUGGUCGCCGUGCCCGAGGGGCUCCCUCUGGCUGUCACCAUCUCACUGGCCUACUCGGUGAAGAAAAUGAUGAAGGACAACAACCUGGUCCGCCACCUGGACGCCUGUGAGACCAUGGGCAAUGCCACGGCCAUCUGCUCGGACAAGACGGGCACACUCACCACCAAUCGCAUGACGGUGGUGCAGGUUUACGUGGGCGACGUCCAUUACAAGGAGGUCCCCGACCCCAGCUCCAUCAACGCCAAAACCAUGGAGCUGCUGGUCAACGCCAUUGCCAUCAACAGCGCCUACACCACCAAGAUUCUGCCCCCGGAGAAGGAGGGCGCCCUGCCCAAGCAGGUGGGCAACAAAACAGAGUGCGGCCUGCUGGGCUUCGUGCUGGACCUGAAGCAGGACUACGAGUCUGUGCGCAGCCAGAUGCCGGAGGAGAAGCUGUACAAGGUCUACACCUUCAACUCCGUGCGCAAGUCCAUGAGCACCGUAAUCAAGCUGCCCGACGAGAGCUUCCGCAUGUACAGCAAGGGCGCUUCGGAGAUCGUGCUCAAGAAGUGCUGCAAAAUCCUCAACGGGGCGGGUGAGCCCCGGGUCUUCCGGCCCCGCGACCGGGACGAGAUGGUGAAGAAGGUGAUUGAGCCCAUGGCCUGCGACGGGCUCCGCACCAUCUGCGUGGCUUACCGCGACUUACCCGGCAGCCCCGAGCCCGACUGGGACAACGAGAAUGACAUCCUCAACGACCUCACCUGUAUCUGCGUGGUGGGCAUCGAGGACCCCGUGCGGCCCGAGGUCCCGGAAGCCAUCCGCAAGUGCCAGCGAGCAGGCAUCACUGUCCGCAUGGUCACAGGUGACAACAUCAACACAGCCCGGGCCAUCGCCAUCAAGUGUGGCAUCAUCCAUCCUGGGGAGGACUUCCUGUGCCUUGAGGGCAAGGAGUUCAACCGGAGAAUCCGCAACGAGAAAGGGGAGAUUGAGCAGGAACGAAUCGACAAGAUCUGGCCAAAGCUGCGGGUGCUGGCUCGCUCCUCCCCCACGGACAAGCAUACCCUGGUCAAAGGCAUCAUCGACAGCACACACACGGAGCAGCGGCAGGUGGUGGCCGUGACGGGGGAUGGCACCAAUGAUGGGCCCGCGCUCAAGAAGGCCGAUGUGGGCUUCGCCAUGGGCAUCGCAGGCACGGAUGUGGCCAAGGAGGCCUCGGACAUCAUCCUAACGGACGACAACUUCAGCAGCAUCGUCAAGGCGGUGAUGUGGGGCCGCAAUGUCUACGACAGCAUCUCCAAAUUCCUGCAGUUCCAGCUGACGGUCAACGUGGUGGCCGUGAUCGUGGCCUUCACGGGCGCCUGCAUCACGCAGGACUCCCCUCUGAAGGCCGUGCAGAUGCUCUGGGUGAACCUCAUCAUGGACACGUUCGCCUCGCUGGCGCUGGCCACCGAGCCACCCACGGAGACCCUGCUUCUGAGGAAGCCAUACGGCCGCAACAAGCCCCUCAUCUCGCGGACCAUGAUGAAGAACAUCCUGGGCCACGCCGUCUACCAGCUAACCCUCAUCUUCACCCUGCUCUUUGUUGGCGAGAAGAUGUUCCAGAUCGACAGCGGGAGGAAUGCGCCCCUGCACUCGCCGCCCUCCGAGCACUACACCAUCAUCUUCAACACCUUCGUCAUGAUGCAGCUCUUCAACGAGAUCAACGCCCGCAAGAUCCACGGCGAGCGCAACGUCUUCGACGGCAUCUUCCGGAACCCCAUCUUCUGCACCAUCGUGCUGGGCACCUUCGCCAUCCAGAUAGUGAUUGUGCAGUUUGGCGGGAAGCCGUUCAGCUGCUCUCCGCUGCAGCUGGACCAGUGGUUGUGGUGCAUAUUCAUCGGGUUAGGAGAGCUUGUCUGGGGCCAGGUCAUCGCCACCAUCCCGACCAGCCGGCUCAAGUUCCUCAAGGAGGCGGGCAGGCUCACGCAGAAGGAGGAGAUCCCGGAGGAGGAGCUGAACGAGGACGUGGAGGAGAUAGACCACGCCGAGCGAGAGCUGCGGCGGGGCCAGAUCUUGUGGUUCCGAGGCCUGAACCGGAUCCAGACCCAGAUCCGCGUCGUGAAGGCGUUCCGUAGCUCUCUCUAUGAAGGUCUAGAAAAGCCUGAGUCUCGAACCUCCAUCCAUAAUUUCAUGGCUCAUCCUGAAUUCCGGGUCGAAGAUUCACAGCCCCACAUUCCCCUCAUCGACGACACCGACCUGGAAGAAGAUGCCGCGCUCAAGCAGAACUCGAGCCCGCCGUCCUCGCUCAACAAGAACAACAGCGCCAUCGACAGCGGGAUCAACCUGACGACCGACACAAGCAAAUCAGCUACCUCUUCAAGUCCAGGGAGCCCCAUCCACAGCCUGGAGACGUCGCUUUAGCUGAGGACCCCGCCACCACCCACCUCCCGGGCACCCACCCGUCCAGGCACCCGACUCACCCAAGCAGCAGCGAGCCACAGCAGGAAACCAAAUACUGGCGAGAAAACCGUUUCCACCCAACAGACCCUUUUUCUGGCUGCGAUGCUGUUUGAACUCUUUUUCACUUCGAGGCGAGGGCGGGAUCUCCUCCGGGGGCUUAAGGGAGUGAGCGGUUUUUCCCAGAACUAGCCCUUCCUGGCUCCCACCCGACAUGGACCAGCCAUGCACCCGCCCGGCGCCAUGUCCCCUGCAUGAAUGUACUGUACACUUCCGGUCCUCCCCUUGUUUGGUUUUUGGGGGGUUGGGGAGGGGUUUUUUUUGUUUGUUUGUUUGUUUUCUUAGGCGGGAACUGCAGACAGACUCUUUUCUGAGACUAUUUAUCCAAUCCACUGGUCUGUGAGUUUUUGAAAUGCUUGCGCAGCAUGGUCUCAGUUGUAUAGGUUAAUUUAACAACUUUUUGAAAUUGCAGAGCUUAACUCGCCUAGUAAAUUUGCACCAAUGGAACCGAAGAACUUCAGACACUCACAAGGUUAUAUCCAUUUCUUUGUAUCUAUAUCAACGUAUAC